UACGAUAUAGACGGUAGAGUAAAACAGUACAGUGAAAUUUCUCAGUUCUUAGUCUUUGAGUAAAUUUCGGGUUUCAAUUUGUUAAAAUGUCUCUAUUACCGUACUUCUUCGACGAUUGGGGCUUCGGGCGUCCACGCCGGCUUGCUGACCAGCAUUUCGGUCUAGGUCUAACGCCACAAGACUUGUUAACCGUGGCCGCUGGUCCUCUUUUGACUCAAGAGUACUACAGACCCUGGCGACACUUGGCAGCUGCGCAGCGAGACAUAGGAUCCAGUAUUAAGGCCGACCCGGACAAACUGCAGAUCAACUUGGAUGUACAGCAUUUCGCACCAGAGGAGAUCUCUGUGAAGACGGUGGACGGGUAUGUAGUGGUGGAAGGGAAGCACGAAGAAAAGAAGGACGACCAUGGUUACAUCUCCAGACAGUUCGUGAGAAGGUAUGCGUUGCCGAAGGGUACAGAGCCAGAGACCCUACAAUCCCAGCUGUCUUCUGACGGUGUGCUUACCAUCACAGCGCCGAGGAAGAUUCCAGAAGGCGUCAAGGGAGAGAGGAAUGUGCCAAUUACGCAGACCGGUCCCGUCAGGAAAGAAAUUAAGGACCAAAGCGAGAAUACCAAUGAUAAGGCGAAAGAUAAAUAAAUAUCCUAAUAAUCCUAAUAAUACAGAUAAAUGUAUUUAUAUAAUUAUAUAUAUAUAU